CAAUUCCUUCUCCUCCUCUUCUUCAUCAAACAUUGAAAUCAUGAGAAUUCUGAUUCCCACCUUUUCUUUUCUAUUCUUCUUCUUGAUCAUGCUCUCCAGCAUCCAGUUCUCAAGCAGCCGCUACAUCCACAGAAGCUUAAGCAAUGAAGCAGAGCAAACAUUCAGAACAGAAUUCCCUGCAGAAGCUCCUCAAGGUUCAGCAGGCACAGAUAAGAAUCAGUCAGUCUAUGGAGUCUCCCAUAGAGGUGUUCCAGGGGGACCAAACCCCCUUCACAACUGAAUCAUAUUCCUUAAUAUAUGCAGAUCUUUACAUAUGUACUUAGUUACACAGAUUCUAGGCAGCUUAUUGAUAUAUAUUGCAGUUCUUUUUGUUGUCUGUUUCCUUGUCUUAACAGAGAUUCGAACAUAUAUAGUUACAGAUUGAAUAGAAUGCAAAUGAUGGGUUUUAUUAUCACAGUCUUUGCAGGAACUGUGGAUUGCAUUUGAGUCAAAUGGAGUAAUCAAUAAUGCAUUGAAAUGGGGAUGAAUUUCAGUACAACAAAUAGUGUAUUUAAUU